AUGGUCUUUAUGGAGAAUGGCUCAGAGGUGAAUGAGUUUAUCCUUGGGGGAUUAACAGAUGCUCCAGAGCUUCAGCUCCCCCUCUUCAUAAUGUUCACUAUCAUCUAUCUCACCACUCUAGUGGGGAACCUGGGGAUGAUAGCUCUUAUCUUCCGGGACCCUCAUCUCCACACUCCCAUGUACUUUUUUUUAAGUAAUCUCUCUCUAGUAGAUUUUGGCUACUCCUCAGCUGUGACUCCCAAGAUGAUGGCUGGACUCCUCACAGGAGACAAGAUCAUCUCCUACAAUGGGUGUGCUGCACAGAUGUUCUUCUUCAUGGCUUUUGCUUCAGCAGAAAGCUACCUCCUGGCUGUAAUGGCCUAUGAUCGCUACGAAGCUGUCUGUAAGCCCCUCCAUUACACCACCACCAUGACAUCAAGUGUAUGUGCUGCUCUGGCCAUGGGCUCCUACGUCUGUGGCUUCCUGCAGUCUUGUAUCCACACAAGCUGCACGUUUAGCCUAUCGUUCUGUAGUUCCAAUGUAAUCCAUCACUUUUUCUGUGACAUUCCCCCACUCCUGGUUCUCUCCUGCUCUGCUAUCCAUUUUAAUGAGUUGGUGGUCUUUAUCUUAGGGGGGCUCACUAUCUUUUUUAUCCUUGUGGUCAUCUUGACUUCCUACCUGUUUAUUUCCAUUGCCAUCUUGAGAAUGCGCUCUGCUGAAAGCCGGCAAAAAGCCUUCUCCACCUGUGCUUCCCACCUUACAGCAGUGUCCAUAUUCUUUGGAACAAUCAUCUUCAUGUACUUACAACCUAGUUCUAGUCAUUCCAUGGACACAGACAAAAUGGCAUCUGUUUUCUAUGCCACAGUCAUUCCCAUGUUGAACCCUCUGGUCUACAGCUUGAGGAACAAAGAGGUCAAGAGUGCUUUCAGAGAAGCAACCUGGUGGAGAAGAUUUCAUUGA